AUGAAGGGUGUGAUGAGGUUCGGAAAGAAGGGCAAGCUUAGCCCUAGAUUAAUUGGACCUUUUGAGAUUUUUAGCCAAGUGGAACAGGUGGCCUAUGAGUUGGAUUUGCCACCUAAUUUGUCGGCAGUUCAUCCUAUUUUCCAUGUCUCUAUGCUUCGAAAGUAUAUUCUGAAUGAGUCACAUGUACUUUCCCUCAAUUCAAUGGAGUUGGGUCCAAACAUGACAUUUGAGGAGGAACAUAUAGUUAUAUUGGACAGGCAAGUUCGAAAGCUUCAGACCAAGAAGAUUGCUUCGAAAAAGGCGCAGUGGAAGCACCGAUCAAUGAGAGAGACAAUGGGAGAAAUAGUCUGA